CACUCUUACCACCAGGAGGCAGUGGAGUGAGUGCAGGGCCUGCCCUCCUGUCUGUCUCCUCACAGUCUUCUCUAUGCCCCUCCUCAGUGUGAGGUGUCUCUUCAGGAGGAGCUCAGGGCUGACAUACAUUGUUUCCUCUGAUUACAGCAAUGGCGUCCAGCACCUUCCGUCAAGAUUUUGUCAACAUUUCCGACCUGCACCCUAAUCUAUCUCGCCCAAGCAUAAUAGGCAUCGUAAUUGGGAAAACAGAUGUCAAAGGAUUUCCAGACCGAAAAAAUAUUGGAUUGGAGCGGUACACCUUCAGCUUUACAGUAAGAGAUUCACCAUCUGCCUUCAUAAAUGCCUCGUGUUGGGGUAGAGAAGAAUAUAUUAAAUCGCUGUCUGAAAGUUUCAGGAUUGGUGACUGCGUUAUAAUUGAAAACCCCCUUGUGCAAACAAAAGACGUAGAGAAGGAAGAAAAAUUUAAUCCUUCAACACCAAGUUACUACAAAUUGCUUAUUAGCGAAGUCCAUUCCUUGGUGAAGAUAUGCUCCAGAGAUUAUACUGAGAGCUCCCUGCUGUCUUUAUUGCCUAUUCCUCCUAAAGACCCCAAUGAUUACUAUUCGCUAGGAGACAUUGUAGCAAAUGGACAGAGCCUGAAUGGAAAAAUCAUUAACAUCCUCGCAGCAGUACGAUGGGUGGGAGAAAUGAAGACUUUUACCACUUCUGACAAAAGAAAAGGCCAGAGAUGUGAGGUGAAGCUGUUUGAUGACACCGUAGACUCAUUUGCAAUGAUCUGCUGGGACAAUGAGUCCAUCCAAUUGGCACAGACCUGGAUUCCUAGAGAGACAGUUUUAUUUGCUUCAGAGAUUCGCAUCAAUUACGACUCCUUCAGAAACUCAAUGGUCGCAACGGUUGUGUCGAAGACUAUUUUUACAACAAAUCCCGACAUGCCAGAGGCGUAUGCCUUAUUGAGAUAUGCAAGGGACUGCGCUGAGAAUGGAGCCUUUGUGGAAGAAAAUGAGGAUGUUUUCGGAGAUUCCAUAAAAUUGGAGACUAUAAAGGAUGUGUAUACAGUGGUGCAGAUAAGAGACAUAGCUCUUCAGUCCGAUAAAAAUAAUCCUGUUUAUGGAAUAGUGUUUGCCUAUGUUUCCAAACUGAAUAUUGAUUCAACCAUUGAAAAAAUAGUGAGAAAUAGAUGCUCACAAUGCCAUUACCCAGUCAGUGAUUUAUCUAAAGGCUGCACCUAUACUUUCUGCAACGAAACGUCUGCAGACCUUAAAUCUGUGUUCACAACUCUGGAUUUGCAAGUGGACGUCUCCGAUCACACCGGGACCCUGUCUGCUAACUUAUCGGGCAGCGCGGCAGAGGAUACAUUAUCAUGCACCGUAGAUGGAUUUUUCAAUUUAACAGAAGACCAGAAGACAUCUUUGAAAUGGAAUUUUCUACUGGAACGCUGCAAAAUCUAUUUGAAGGCUUCAACAGGGAGCAACUCAAAGACCGGGCUGCGCGUCAACAUUCUGUCCUGCAAACCGGCCGAUCCCAAUGAAGCCGUGAAGCACGCCAAAGUCACAAUGGUUUAACCAGCUCCAAUAUUAACCCUUACCUACCCGAGUUAAGUCUCCAUACAGUGUUUGCAUGUUCAAAUCAGCCGCUAAGACACAGACAAAAGCAACUGUUCAAGAUGUAAGACAGUGUUUCCCAAGCAGGGUGCCUCCAGCUGUUGCAAAACUACAACUCCCAGUAUGCCCGGACAGCCGAAGGCUGUCCGGGCAUGCUGGGAGUUGCAGUUUUGCAACAGCUGGAGGCACCCUGCUUGGGAAACACUGAUGUAAGAAAAGAAGUAGAUUUUUCUUGGUUCCCAUAUUGACAAUUCGUAACUCAGUUUGUUAAAGGUUUUAAAAUUACGGUAUUUAUUUUAAGAUAAAUUUUCAUAUACAAAAUCAAUAGACAUCUGCCUACAAAGUUUUCGGGGCCAAAGUUUGGUGUAAUGGCGUCAUUUUUACUAUAAUAUUGCAGCGGUCACAACCACGUUCUUUUUUGCAGAACCAGUUCCAGGUUGACUUUUUUUUUUGAGAACUUUGGUCGUGAACGGGUCACAUGUUUUCGUCAUUGAGGACUUUGUUGUGUCAUCUUUUGGUCAUCUAAUAAAAGUUCUGUUGUUAUAAGAGAUAAUAAACGUCCCCAUAUAAAUGAGAUGGUACUGACUAGAUCUAGCAGAA